AUGAACAAACUACAGAAUUUGUUCAUAUAUUUUGUCUCCUGUAUACCCUCCAUUAUAUCCCAGAACCUAGCUAUAUGUGAUCAGUCAUGCCCCGGAGGCAUAUUCGAUAAAGUCCCCUACCCAUUCGGAUUCUCCGCCGGAUGCCAAAUUCAGCUCAACUGCACCUCCAAUGGCACUGUUUUAAUCGGUGAAUUCCCUGUCCGGCAAGUCAACUAUGAUGGGUUACUAAUCAGCCUUCCCAUUAAAUGUGGCCGCAAUGCUGACGCACUCAGCCAACUCUAUGGCAAACACUACACCCCAACAUCUACCAGCUCUAUCCUCAUGGAAAACUGCACAGACCAGAUGACCAAUUGCAGGCUUCCAUUGCCCAUUUCACAAUUCCACACCAAAAUUGCCAAACUUGUUAAUUGCACCAAUGAUAGCUAUGGUAACACAAGUUGCUACUCUGGUGAUAGUACUCAUGUGUUUCUUAAUUAUGAAAACAUUACAAAGAUGGGAUGCCAAUUAUUGUUCACCGGAUUUCUGUCGGAGAGAACUGGCGCUGUCGGGGGGCCGCCUUCGGCCACACAAGCGAUUAAGUUGGGAUGGUGGAUUAAGGGGAGUUGUGACUGUUCUGAUGGUGCUGACUGUACAGAAAUUGUGUCUCCAUUUGAUGGAAGCGAUGGGUAUCGAUGUAAGUGUAAAGGCGGCUAUAACGGCGAUGGAUACAAAGCUAGAUCCGGUUGCUGGAAACUCAAAGAAUCCAAGGAAGCUCUGCUUAGCAGAAAGUGGAAGCUGGUAAUAGGUAAGUGGAAAAACUGCUAUCUAUAUGGAGUUAUGGACAUUGUUUAA